CGGCGGCGGCGGUGGCAUGGCGGGGCCCGGGGCCGGGGCCGGGCCCGGGGCGGGCUGGGCGCCGCCGCGCCUGGCCGAGUUCGUGCUGACCGAGCGGCUGGGCAGCGGCACCUAUGCCACCGUCUACAAGGCCUACGCCAAGAAGAACAGCCGAGAAGUGGUGGCCAUCAAGUGCGUGAACAAGAGAAGCCUAAACAGGGCAUCCGUAGAGAACCUGCUGACAGAGAUCAAGAUCCUGAAAACUAUCCGCCACCCACAUAUCGUGGAGCUGAAGGACUUUCAGUGGGACAGCGACAACAUCUACCUCAUCAUGGAGUUCUGUGCGGGGGGGGAUCUGUCUCAUUUUAUCCGGACACGGAGGAUACUCUCGGAGAAGGUGGCACGGAUCUUCCUGCAGCAGCUUGCAUCUGCCCUGAAGUUCCUUCAUGACAAGAACAUCUCCCACCUGGACCUGAAGCCUCAAAACAUCCUCCUCAGCUCCCUGGAGAAUCCUCAACUCAAACUGGCAGAUUUUGGCUUUGCCCAGCACAUGUCUCCAUGGGAUGAGAAACAUGUUCUCCGGGGCUCCCCGCUCUACAUGGCUCCUGAAAUGGUGUGCAACCGGCAGUACGAUGCUCGUGUGGACCUGUGGUCUGUGGGUGUGAUUCUCUAUGAGGCACUGUUCGGGAGACCACCUUUUGCCUCCAAAUCAUUUGCUGAGCUGGAGGAGAAAAUCCGCAGCAACCGGACAAUUGAGCUGCCCAGCCGGCCCUGGCUUUCCCAGGAGUGCCGGGAUCUUCUUCAGCGCCUCCUGGAAAGGGACCCCCUGAAGCGCAUCUCCUUCAAGGAGUUCUUCAGCCACCCAUUCGUGGACAUGGAGCACAUGCCCAGCGCUGAGAGCCUGAGCAAAGCAACUGCCCUGGUAGUGGAGGCGGUGAAGAAAGAUCAGCAGGGAGAUGCCUCUGCUGCCCUCUCUCUCUACUGCAAGGCCCUGGAGUAUUUUGUCCCUGCUCUGCACUAUGAAACCGAUGCUCGCAGAAAGGAAGCGAUCAAGUCAAAGGUGAAUCAAUACAUUUCGCGAGCGGAGGAGCUGAAGGUGCUGGUUGCAUCCAACAACAAGACCCUCCUGCAGCAGGGCCACCCCACCAGGGAUAUCCUCAAAGAAAUGUCCAAGGACAAGCCUCGCCUGUAUGCAGCACUGGAGGUGGCGUCAGCAGCCAUCGCUAAGGAGGAGGAGGGCAAGGAUGACUGUGACACCCUUGACCUCUACCAGCAGAGUCUGGGAGAGCUACUGGUCAUGUUGGCUGCAGAGCCUACGGGGAGGAGGAGAGAGCUGCUUCACGCCGAGAUUCAGACCCUGAUGGGCCGGGCCGAAUACUUGAAAGAACAGAUCAAGAUGAGGGAGGCGCAGUGGGAGGCACGGUCCAUGGGCAAGGAGAUGCUGUCGGAUUCUGUCCGGAGCUACUGGCAGGGAAGGGAGCUUGAGUGAUACAGGGAAAAGCAUGAAACUCCACAUCCAAAGAGCUGGCAAAGGCACGGAGGGGGAAAGAAGAUGUUGCUUCUCUCUGUUCUCCUAUUAUAGUCCUUGCAGGUGUCACUUGUAACAGGAGUAAGUAAAAGAAUUUCCAACAAGAGCAAGGGGGCGCGGGGUUGUUUUGUUUUAAGUCAAUGUACUUUUAAAAUAAUAGAAAGCGUUGUACGGCUGACUCAAGGCUCAUAGGAAUCAAUGGGAUUUUUUUGUUUUAGUAAUGUGGAUUGAUUUUGUGGAACUUCCUGUAGAUUGUUUCCAUGAAGGGAAUAGAGAAUCAGAGAAUCAGAGAAAAUAAGGGUUGGAAGGGAUCUCAGGAGCUCAUCUAGUCCAACCCCCUCAAAGCAGGACCAUCCCCAACUAGACCAUUCCUGCCAGGGUUUUUUCAAGCCAGGCCUUAAAAACCUCAAAGGAUAAAGAUUCUACCACCUCUCUAAGUAACCCAGUCCAGUGCUUUGCCACCCUCCUAAUAAGAAAGUUUUUCCUACUAUCUAACCUAAACUUCCCUUGCUGCCUCUUGAGACCAUUGCUCCUUGUCAUCUGCUGCCACUGAGAACAGUCUCACUCCAUCCUCUUUCAAACCCCCCUCCAGGUAGUUGAAGGUUGCUAUUAAAUCCCCCUCAGUCUUCUCUUCUGCAGACUAAAUAAGCCCAGAUCCCUCAGCCUCUCCACAGAAGUCAAGAGCCCUGGUCCCCUAAUUAUUUUUCCUGCCCUCCACUGGACUGUCUCCAACUCGUCCACAACCUUUCUGUAGUGGAGGGCCCAAAACUGGACACAGGACUCCAGAUGUGACCUCACCAGUACAGAACAGAGAAAAAUAAUCACUUCCUUUGAUCUGCUAUGCGACGCUUCUACUAAUGCUGUCCAGUAUGCUGUUAGCCGCCUUGGCAACAGGGCACAUUGUUAACUCAUAUCCAACUUAUUGUCUACUGUAAUCCCCACAUCCUUUUCUGAAGUUAAUGUAUCAGUUAAGACCCUACUAAUCCUAGGAAACUUGUGAGGAAAGGAAGUGGCAGCUGCUCACAGCAGCAACCAUCCCUGGUAGUAGCUUUGCUCUCUCUCUGACAGCUUUGCUUUCUGCUUUUCGUUUACUCUCCACUUUGCUCUUUGAGUUCAGGAGAGGGGGCAAGAGGAUGAGAAAUGCAGGCAGGUACCAGGAAUUCAGAUGAAUAUUGGUCAGGCUGUGAAAGGACUAUGACUGCCAAGUGCAGCUCCUCCCUUUGAUGUGAUCUUCUAUCUGCUGUAGAAGACCAGGGGCUUCUGUCAGGCUCAUUGCAGCCAGUGGGAGGACUCCCAUUCACAGCAGUGGGCACUGGAGCAAACCCUGAGGAUUUUAUGGUGAGGUGGACCAGGUCAGGAUGAAAAUUAACUGUAGCUUUAUAGAAGGCAGGAAAUGGCAUGCUAGCAGCAGCUGUGCAUUACCAACAAUAGCCUCCAAGAGGUUAGCAUGGUAGCAUCCCUCCCUGACAGCUUGUUAAUAUUGUGUUUAGUCCCAUCAUGCCUGAAUGAAUAAACUGCAGCUCCAACUCCUCCCAAUAGCCUUUAUUUAGUGUAAAGCUCUGAGGGCGUUCCAGAUCAAACAAGUGUGCUAGGUGAGUGGGUUGGGACAGAAGGACAGGAAACAAGAACUGCCCUCACUUCACCAGACUCAGCACUGCCUUAGAUUGUGCUCUGGUUAUACACAUGCUUUGACCGCAUGUUGCUACCAGCUCAUGGUGAAGCUGGCUGUCCUCAGCCCUGAUCAGCCACUACCUUCCUGACUGAACAGAGGAGGGGCAUCUGCCAGGGCUGGGGAAAUGAUACAGCAUGCCACUCUCCAGCCAUUCACUAACCCCAUUCCUCCAUCAUCUCCUUUCCAUGCAUUAGUAAGGCAAGUACAUGGGAUAAGACUGGCUGUAUGACAAGAACCAUUCUUCAAGGAGCUGGGGUGGAGGCGAAUUGACCCCUGCUGACUUCCUGCUCCUGGGGCAGGGGACGGGACUCAAUGAUCUUCCAAGGUCCCUUCCAGCCCUAAUGUCUAUGAAAUCUAGGAAUUUUAAAGAGAAUUGCUUCUGGUUCCCAAGAGAUCUCUCCAUGUUCAAGAAAGUGGAAAAGAAAAUAGAAAGACCAUGCUGUUGUGGGAGGCAUUGGUUAUAUACAUUUUAAUCUUUUUUUUCCACUGCCUUGCCAAAGUCCAACUCCUGAAGAAGGUUCUAAAUUUUCUUUUUCGGGGCAGGGCCUGUCACCUACUCUGUAGAGUACCUAAGGGGCUUCUCUAUAUUUGCUGGUUAUCAUAGCAAACCCCCAGGCCUGCUGAUCACUGAUCACAUGCCUGGUCUCAGCCAUCUGUUUGUUCAUAUGGAGGUGUCCCCUCAAGCUCUGGUCAUGGAAAAAGUGCUUGGUGCUGUACAAAUACAAAACAAAAACAUGGUCCCAGGGAGGGAAGAGCUUACAAGCUAAAUAAUAUAAUAUACUUCUAUUUCGUCUCUUACACUCUCUAUUUCCUGUGCCACAGCCUGUACUCUGCAGUAGUCCUCAAGUAAGUGUGGAAUCAAUACAGCACCCACAGGCGACAGAUGUGGACAGACCUCUUCUAAUUGGACUUCUCAUUCAGGAAUUGUGCACAAAUAUAUCACCUUGUGAUUGUCUUUAAACAGAGACCCCCCAGGUGAUCUUAGACACCUUAUUUAUAGAAUACAGGUUUCUAUCCAGACUCUCACUAUAUGCACUGUAACAUGAUUGUAUGUUUGUACAUAUCUGUAUAUAUGGCAAGAGAGAGAGAGAGAGUGUGAGUGUGUGUGUAUAUGUGUGUAUAUAUAUAUAUAUAUAUAUAUAUAUAUAUAUAUAUAUUUGGGGGGAAAGAGGGAAUACUUAUAGUGUUAGCAAAUGUGAAGUAAAGUGAAUGUAAAAAGAGAGCAUUAGUAUUAUAAUGUGUAGGACUAAGCCCAGCAAUGCGCAUGACCCAGGGAAUGGAGAAGAAUUCCAAGAUACUGGAAGCUUAAGGCUGAUCAUACAGCUGGGAUGCUUUGAUGGUAUUUCUUUACAGGGACAGUGGCCUUUAGGACCCAUGUGCUGUUGAGUGAAGCACUGGCAGGGGAACCACAUGCUGCCUUCCUUACUGAUUCCCUCUGGUGCUUGCACCCUCUCAAGGGCAUCUUUCCUAGCAGGGUGAUAGAGGAUCUGUGGGGUCCAUCUGCUCCAGUUUCUGUGUAGCUGCAGGAUAGCAUUAACACAUUUCUGUAUAAGCCCCAGUAGCUCCUUUCUGUCCUGAGGCAGACUCCCUGACCACAGCAGGCCACACUCAUCUCAGCUAUUUAAAAAGUGGAGCCAAUACUCCUUUCUCCUCGCAUGUUCUUACCUACUAGACCUUUCUCUAAUCUUUUCUCUGCCUUGCUUGACAAAGUGUGGCCAGCAGAUGGCUCUCUGUCCACACUGUGAAGAAAGAGAAAAAAAGGAAGGUAUGUGCAUAAUUUUAUCUGCUUCCCUUUGACCUGAUUCUGCAUUGAGUCUGUUGUCUUGGCAUCUUCUGAGCUGUCAGUGCAUGCUGAGAGCACUCAGCAAUUUACAGGAUUGAGACCCAUCACCUCUGAAGCAAAAAGCAUUUGUGAGAGGCUGAUCCAAACAGCCACUGAAAUCUAUGCCUUCAUUGACUGCAGUGGGCUUUGGAUCAAGCCUGUAGUCCAGGUUGUAGAUCCCAAUGAUCUUUGUUCUCAGCAUAAACCACCCCAAAGCAUCUUGCAGUAACUGAAUUUCAAUUUAUGGGAUUUUAAAACCUGUAGUUUAUUGCUUUGGGUUUUUUUCUUUUUUUUAUUUUGAAGAGCCUAAUCUGACAUUUUAGAUAUCUCAGUGACUCAUUUUUAAAAUGCAUGGCAUUGAUUGGAAAUCAAGCCAGUAGCGUAGAUGACUCUUGAAAGGAUAGGAAAUCAGACCAGGGUAUACAUGGAGUUGAGUAGGCAGGGGGUUGAUCCCAAGCAGUAGGAUCAAGUCCAUAAAGUAGAUGCUCACGUGAACAGCAGAGAUGAGCUCAGGCUGUUAUUUUAUGCAGUGCAAAGCACUAAAAUGCUGUGCUGUGAUCCAGAUGUGCCUUCACCCAUGGAAUAAUUGCCUCCUGGCUCCUAUAUUAGAGAUCUCUCACAAUACAUCACCUUGCAGUGGAAUUUUACUGAGUGCUUGAGUAUCAUGGACUUUUUUUUAAAUAAUCCCUCGCUACCCAGCACUCUCCCAGUCUGCAGGAAUAUUGUCCUGCAGAGAAUCUAGGCAAACAAAGUGACCCAAGAAAGUCAUUCUAACCUCACGAACACUGGACCUCCACCUGUGCCUUUUAUUGUCUCCACGCUCACCAGCUUGAAUUGUAUUCGACCUGAGUUUUGUGACCUGUAUUUUUCAAGCUCCUUGACAAUCCCAAACUCAUGGUUGUCUGCUCUGAACCAAACUUUCUCCCAUAGAGGCCAUGAAAAGACUCCCAAAGAGAUCAGAAUUUGGCCUUGCUACCCACCCCCAAGGUAUUGACUUCAGGCUUUUCAGUGGUGAAUUGUCUAGUCCUGAUCCAUCUGAAACAUCAGUGCAUCUAACCACUACUUUUUCCUUAGCUCUUGUUUUUGGAAAUUUCUCUGUUGGAGGUGCUGCAACCCAUCAGAGCCCCUGAAGUUCUUAGGCCAUGUUUGCAUUAGGAAUCAAUCUAAUGUAGCCCCUAACAAAGAUGUGCCAGUAGAAAUGUCAUUUUGCACCUGACCUAUCGUAGGGACAUGGUAUACCUGUUUGAAUACUUUCCUCUAGACAUGGCCUUGGAGAUGCAUAUUCCUUCCAUUCAGCCCACAUCAAAGAAUGGACUGACAAAUGUCACCUACCCUGAGAACACCAAAGUACUUUACACCUAAUUCAUCUCUUCCUCUGAACUUCCCAGUUUGUAUUUUUCAUUGUGAUUUGGUUUUGUCUGUUCAGCUCUGUGCAGAAAGCUGGAGCAAUGGGCAAACUUCUGAGAGCCCAGGGUCUUCUCUACCUGUGUGCAGUGGUCAUUUUAAACUGAGGCAGGAAACAUGUAUUUUAGCAGCUGCUUGCUAAGAGGCAUUCCUCAGCUCCUGCACCUCACACAGCUAAGAGGUCCUCUCUAAGUCCGCAGUUUAAUGAAAUAUGUAAUUUAUUGUUGUCUUUAAUAAAUAAUCUUCCAAA